AUGUUGCUGAUUCGUGUCCCAGAUGUGGAGGUAGAAGUCUCGUUGAAAAGAAUGAUCGACGAGCUUGUGAUGCUCUUUGUAUGCAUGUUGCCAACUACUUCCGAUCAGCCUCGCCGGAAGAUGAGACCAGGAUCGUUCAAACUGACUUUCCUCCGAUUUACUUCCAACAUGAUGGUAUUUCUCUGGUUCAUUUUCUGUUCAAUUCUACUCGCUCACACAGAUACAGGUCACUCAAUGACAAUCAUCGGAUUUGAAAUCCGAGAUAAUGGCAGUGCAAACUUGCUAGUGUUCGAUCCCAUGUUCAAAACCUCUCCUGCAAUGGAACGUCUUGUCGGGUCUCAUACUAAACCGUCUGAUCCCACUCGCCUCUUAAAAGCAUAUCGCAGAGGAACACCCUAUCUGCAAAAGUACAAAAUCUUUGAGCUACUCGAAAGAACACCGCAUAGCAUCAAGCCUGAUACCUGA